AUGAGCGGCAGUCUCAUCUCCGCCGUCUCUUGGGUGAAACGAGGUGUCGCCCUUCAAAAUCCCUCCAAAUAUGUUUUGGACGAUCAAGAACUUGAACGUGUUAGUGCAUUAGCAAGAAUCGAACUAGAGGACGCGCAGGUUGAACUUAAGAGGGCACACAAUGCUGCGAAAAGUAUGGGAAAGAGUGAUAUAGAUGGAGAGGAUGGCGACAGCGACGUGGACGUUGAGGUUAUAGAAGGAGAUAGGGAUGGAGAUGAGGGAGAUUGGGUCGACGAAGAUGAGAACGCAAUGGACGUUGAUCCCGAGGCUGCCCCUCCAAAUCCUAACUCGGAUUCAAAAACGACAACAUCAAAAGACGACGAUCUUUCUCAAUAUAACUUGGACGACUAUGAUGAUGAUACACCUGGAGAUAAUAUCAGCCAUUUCAGCAAUAUCAACAAUAUUGCUGUGUAUAAAAAUAACGAUGAAGAUCCUUAUAUCACACUAAAAGACGACGAAGAUGACAUUGAAGCAGAACGCUCUGAACUUGAAGUCCUUCCCUCAGAUAACCUCCUCGUCGUUGCCAAAACCGAAGACGAAAUCUCCCAAUUAGAGAUCUACGUUUACGAAGAAUCUGAAGCCAAUCUAUACGUCCACCACGAUCUGAUGUUACCCAACUUCCCUCUAUGCCUUGAAUGGCUCGACUUCCCGCCCGCUUCUUCAUCAUCUUCCACUAUGAACAACGAUCCUUCAAAUCUAGGCUUCGGUAACUACAUCGCCGUCGGGACACUCGAUCCCGAAAUCGAGAUAUGGUCGCUCGACGUCGUAGAGGCAAUGUACCCAAACAGCGUCUUGGGUCGACCCGAUAAGACAAAAGCCCAUAUCCCAGUUCCCCUUGGUACGGGUAAGAAAAAGAAAAAGAAGACCAAAUCGAGACAGACGGAAAAAGCAUACCACGUCGAUGCAGUGUUGGGGCUAAGCUGGAAUAAAAAGCAAAGGAAUUUACUUGCCAGCGCGAGUGCGGAUAAGACCGUGAAGCUAUGGGAUCUGAGUCGGGAUCCGACGAUUACUGGGGGAGAGGGUGGUGCGUUGCGGAGUUUCGAUGUUCAUAAAGACAAGGUACAGGCGGUGCAAUGGAAUGAGAAAGAUCCAGCGGUAUUGUUAACGGGAAGUUACGAUCGGACUGUGAGGACAUUCGAUUCGAGAGCGCCGGAAGGAGGGGUCGGAGCGUUUUUGGGAAGUGAUGUCGAGGCACUGAGAUGGGAUCCGUGGAACGAGAGUGGGUUCUAUGUUUCCCUCGAAAACGGCCUCGUGCUUAAUUUUGACGCCCGCACACUUCCUUCCAGCUCCAACCUCGAUCAGCCUUCCCCGGCACGGUUUACACUCCAAGCACACGACGGUGCUGCAUCCGCUCUCGACGUGAACCCACAUAUCAAAGGCUGCAUCGUGACAGGUGGAAGCGACAAACUAGUCAAAGUGUGGAACAUCGAACAAAAUGAAGGCGGGAAAAACAAUGUCAGCCUGGUACAGUCGAGAGAUCUAGGGGUGGGAAAAGUCUUCUCCACCUCAUUCUCUCCAGACUCGCCCCUCACAGUCGCCGCCGGAGGGUCAAAAGCCAAACUACAGAUAUGGGACGUGGCAUCGAACGCAGGUGCGAGAAAAGCGUUCGGAGGGAAGUUGAGAGAGGCUGGAAAAGUGUUGAGUGAAAGGAGUGCUGAAGAGGCGCGGGGAGGUGUAGUUGGAUUGGUUAGCGAUGGUGAAGAGAGCGAUGGUGAGGAUGGUGAAGAUGAGUAA